CUCCCUGAACUCCCUAUUGCUGCCUCUCAAGCGACUGUCGAAGCUACAGACUUCCUUCGUCCAGACGAUGACGUCAAGCACGUACUAAUCACCAUUUCCGAGAAGCUUCUUGAGCAUUAUGACCGGAGUACGAUGUGGAAGGCUACAGACGAUGAUCCAGACAUUGUUUCACUGAAAACACUUAAUGAUAGACUCUACGACGGCAAACUAGUCCUUAGUCCGGUGAAAGCACGAAAUUGCGAUAAAGUUAGGAUCCGAGCCGCAGUCCACCAUCGCAUCUCCAAACUACCGCAUCGCCGUCCACUUGAAGACUUCGAGGACCUCUAUUACGCCGCACUCCAGAAGAUCAAGGAUAUGCACCAACAUAUCAAGCUCCGCAUCGACAACAACUUCAAUCAGACGGCCGACCCCCUCUAUGUCGGCGGCCCAUCCAUUUCCGAGUUCGAGUACUUGCUGUUUGGUUGUUGGGCCAUUUUGAACGACACCGCCCUUGUAAAGACUCUAGACAAUGCAAUUCAGCGCUCUCGCGUCAGAUCACUUCAUCUAGACAUCGUCGAGAAGGUUCGGAAGAAAGAGCUCAAUCCAGACGCUGCAAAUGAUCUCAUUGCAGACCUCUACAAUCUAGAAGAAUACGAGAACGUUCCGGGACUGGCCUGGAUUGGUGGCUGGUCUGCCGCGAUGAUUGGAGCUUGGCUCCAAGAGAAGUAUCGUUUUGUUUUGGAAGUAGAGUGGGAGGAGGAGAAGCGGAAGGAG